AUGGAUGUGUACGCACAAAUCACCUUCCGAGAGAGACAAUAUACUAACUUCAUUUCCAGCGGCCAUGGAGGCCUGCGCAGGCAAGCGUUCUGCAAGCUCGCUACUUUGUCUGCCCAACGAUCCGCAACAAAGGAGUCAGAUUUCCGUCGAUUGACCUCCUCGAUAGCUCAGCCUUCCAACCAGGGCAAUGGCUACCUCGAUGGCGUCAAGCGAGCCAUUGCGCCGGCCUCCGCGAGUAGCAUGGCUCCCUAUGAACUCGACGCUCUGCUCGCUCUCUGCGCAAGCGCUCCCGACCUGCACGAUUUGUCCCACGCCGACCGCCUUGUCAAGCACUUGACAGCCUAUCUUCCGAGAGCUUAUUGCCAGCACUUUUCGUCUUCACCUUUCCUCCAUGAGAUUCAGCCAGCGCCAUGGGCAGCUCUCACUUACGAGCUCACUAAAGCUCUUCUCUUGCUGGGCAUACGGUUUCCUCCCCUCAAACGCACCGUGGCCGAAACCGUCAAAUCCUACCUCCACAACUGGUCCCGAUCGGCAGCGUCGCUCGCUUCUGUGGGCAUCGGAGAAGAAGAACAGGAUAAUAUCUAUGAUGCCCAAGAAGUCGCCGCAGUUACAAUAUCGUUGGUCGGCUUCCUGGAUGCUGCGGCGAGCUACGAGGACUUUUGGUCUUCCGAUGAACGAGUCGAGCUCAUCCGGGUUUUGAAAGAGUCUUUGUCUGAACAAUUUCUGAUAGCCGUCGAAACUGCCUCUUCCGCAAUACGUACAUCGACAUCACAUGAACUGAUGGCUAGAGACUGGAGGAAGUACUUGAAACGUUUUGCUGCCCAAGGCGUUCCAGUCGGAGCAAUGAUGCUGCAGAAAGGCUUCAUGAAACUUGUCCUUGCGAGCACCGCGAGAAUGCUUACUGAUGAGCGUACCGUGCGUUCUGGAGACAUCCUUGAUCAAUACAUAGCCGACACCACGCACUUCAAUCGAGUCAGAGAUGAGUUGGUAACCGCUGAUAUGAUCGAGUAUCUGGUGGACGUCACGACCGAACAAAUUCGUGUCCUAGAAGACGGCUCGGAUUACCUACAACUAAGUUCAGCAUGGCAGCAGCGUCUGGCCUUUACUGUCAAAGCAUUUUCUUUGGAGGCUUUUCUUCACUGCAUGGUGUUAGACGACGAUUUGGCGGACCCCGAGGACCUGUUUUCGUGGCUGGAGGAUUCGAUUGCAAACCACGUACAAAUGGCGGACACAGAACUGGCGGACAUCGCUCUGAAAAGUGUGGCGGUAGUCGCCAAAUUCAUGCCGGAAGAAGCGUCCAACUUUGCGCGUGUUCUCCUGCGUUUCAUUGUGCGAGGGACGUCUAGCCCAGCGGCUGUUGCGAUCGCCGCGAAGAGCUUGUCACACAUUUUGAAAAUGUUGUCGCAAGAUGCCGUUAUCACCACAAUCUACUCGCUUGGGAACGUUCUAAGUUCACAAGCAGCUGCCGAGAAGGCACAUCAUCCUCUGACGCUAGGGGAGGUCAAUGGACACCAUGGUUCUAUAUCAUCAGCCUCCAAGCUGAGAACCGGAAGCGUGAUCUCACUUUCGCUGAGUGGUGAUGAAGAAACAUCUCUGGUUUGCAGCAACGUGGCCCAUGCCAUAGUUGUGAUAGCCACGGAAAGCAAGGACAGCAAGAUAAUAGCUUUGGUGCAGAUGAUGAUGGUACAAAAGGUUGGGAGAGUCAGCCUCGUCGUCGAUGCUCGUGUUGUCGAAGAAGCAGCGAAACUUGCCAUUUCCGGCAGAGAGAACGAGUUCAGAGCGUUGUUGAGACUUUACUCACGCUUACAUCAUGAGACUCUUCUUCAGGAAAAUCCCAUCAUCUUCAAUGCGGUCCGAAACGCCGAGGAAUAUCUUGCCCUGAACAUGGAUAACCGCUCACCCCUCUUCAAGAUCUUUGCGAUGCACCUUUUGGAGCGAAUUUUGAGCAAAGGAGAUGUCGUUGAAGGAGAGUUCAAGCAAUCCGCAGAGGUUGAACAGGCCGCUAAGGAGAUUGCGCCUCUUCUUAGGCCGCUAUCUAUCCUGGCUGCGCGAAGAUCUGCUCCCAACCAGGAAGCCACCGUUACGGAAGACCCUGAGAUUGUUGCUAUGGUCCGUGAAGUGUGGUAUAAUAUCGCCGUUCAUGGGAUCACACUUCAGUCAAGGAUUGGCCAACAAUAUUAUCACGAACUUCGCCUAUUGGCAAUGAACUCCAUGCCACUUGUCGACGACGAUCGUGCCGAGCUCCUCGAAUCGGACGUUGAACUCAACACCGUACUUCGCAGGGGUAUGAGUCAACAACAUACUCAAGAUCAGAAGAAGAACCUCAUUGCGGUCAUUCCAGAAAGUGAAUCGGAAGUGCGACAGCUAAGCUACCAGAAAGUGGUGUUUCUCAACGCCGUGUUUCUGGUCGAGAGUCUACGCGCUACUUCCGGCAACUGUGCUGAAAUUCUCGAUUACUUCACAGACCCAACUACGCUGAACAGCCAUACGGGCCACUGUCUAAGCUCGAUCGCGACCGAGAUCGUGAAGCGAUAUACUCAGAAAGUGAUUAUCUCAAGCGAAGUCGAGUUCAGCGCGCCAUAUGUGUCACGACAGCUAGCUAGGAUUUUGAGUGGCUGUUGUCAUCGAAGCUAUAAAAUCCAGGACGUGGCGAGAUUCAUGGCAAAUUAUAUCAUAUCAUUUGCGCCUUCAUCUCUUUGUCAGAAGACGGCUUUGUUUGCUCUGUUGGAACUGUUGUCCCUAAUGUGGUCCGCUUGUCUUGACGCUGAUGUUGACGAGUACGAAUGGCGACCCUUCCUUACCUCGACUAGGGGCAAGGUUACCAUCGAACUCUCAGACGAUUAUGCUUUCCGGAAGCGCACGUUGAACACGCUCUACAACGAUGCAAAGAAAUGGGUGACCAUGGUCAUGGGCGUGGCACCUCUGGAUGUCAAAGGCCUCCUUCAGACAUAUCUUUCCGAAUUCGACGAUACUGGUGCUUAUGGUCAUGUAUCUUUGGGAAGGUCGUUUGCCCUCGAAGUGGGCUCGAUGAUACCUCCAAUGGACCACAGACUCAAUGCACUUGAUAGAAAAGCUGACUCGAUCAACAUCAAUAUGGGCUCGGAUUUCAUGGCUCAGUAUACUACAAGACAGGAGUAUCGAUUUACCGGCAUUCCACAUUACCAAACAGGCCAUCUUCAUGUUGACGACUCCACGGGGCGUCGGUCCUCGAUAGGGCGUCCAUCAACUGACACUACCCAUGUACUACUUGACACACUCCUGGACCUUCACAGACGUGUUGAGCAAAAGCAUCAUGCUCAGGCUUCUGAGGUCAAGGACGUCCUUCGUCGUGCAGCCGCGCUGUUAUGCCAGAGCAAGAAAUCACAGACGGCAAUUGUGCAUCAUCUAGUCAACAUACCGUUUGGUAUUUUCACCAAGGAAUCAAUCAAGCUGGGCAUCUCGCUCUGGCUUGGUGUCAUUCAUGAGAAUCCGAGAAUGGAGCCCCGGAUAUUGACCGAGGCCGCCCAUGCUUGGGAAAGUACAAUCGAUCGAAAAGCGGGCAUUUUCAGUCCCAAGUUUCACCACCUAGAUCCAUUCUACGUCAAGGAAGAGUUCGCGCCAACCGACAAGGUCGCCAUUCAAAAGCAAGCAUUGACUGUUCACAACAUCAUCUCCCCUCACUUCAGACUGUUACAGUUCUUCCAGAGCCACUUUAAUUCCAUCAGAUUGGGGAGUAUCAACACUCAACGAACAUUCAUUCGAAUGCUUGACCGCACUCUUCACGGCUUCCUUCGGAUCAACAGCCACCCACUUCUCCGUGAAAUACAAUUCUCUCUUGUCCAUUUCGCUCUGCGUGUCCUGAAAUUCAGCACUUGCAUCAGCAAAUUGUUUCAAUGGAAGUUGAAGGAUCUCAUCCUUUCCACUGGUCUGCAUUGGUUCGCAACUCCUCCUGCCUGGUCUUUUGGUGGCAACCGCGUCCAAUUGAACGCGGAAGUCCAACUCAUGCAAGAUGUGCUGGUCAUGUUGCAAGCCAGCAAUCAGCCCAUUCUCCCAGCCUCCGCCACGAGGAAAGACCCACAACAGAAGCACGACCUUCUGGAAGCCCUCUUAAACAACGAAAUCAGUCGACUCAACGUUUGGUUGUCACCGCGUACUCACGCAGGUCAUCAAGCCUAUUCUAAUGAGAAAAUUGUGGCAUAUUUCCGGACUGCCUGGCUUGAAAAUCCAUCUCUGGCAAUUCAGAUGCUAACCAGAUUUCACAACGAGCAACUUUGUCGCGAUGUACGAUUCUUACUUGUCAAUUUCCCCGCAAAAGCACUGAACGAGCCAGAUGCGAUUGACCUGUUGCUCGAAGAGAAGUUGCCUUCUGAUGUCUCCUUUCAACUGAAAUACUUGCUCUAUUGGUCACCCGUUAAUCCAAUGCAAGCGGUGACUUACUUUCUGCCCGCAUUCGGAAACCAUCCAUUUGUUCUUCAGUAUGCCAUGAGAGCACUCGAAAGCCAUUCUGUCGAUGUGACCUUCUUCUAUGUCCCGCAGAUUGUACAGGCUCUGCGUUACGACACUCUAGGUUAUGUUGAGCGAUACAUUAUCGAAACUGGAAAGUUUUCGCAACUGUUUGCCCAUCAGAUCAUCUGGAACAUCAAGGCCAAUGCAUACAAAGACGAAGACUCUCAAGAACCCGACCCUAUGAAACCGCUCCUGGACAAGGUCAUGAACAGUCUGAUCUCGAGUUUUUCUGGCCCCGACAGAGAUUUCUACGAGCGAGAAUUUUCCUUUUUCGGUGAGGUGACGGAUGUUUCGGGCAAGUUGAAACCCUUCAUCAAGAAGAGCAAGCCGGAAAAGAAGGCCAAGAUUGAGGAAGAACUUCGCAAGAUCAAAGUGGAAGUGGGUGUCUACCUCCCUAGUAAUCCUGAUGGAGUAGUGGUCGGUAUCGACCGCAAAUCUGGAAAGCCGCUACAGUCACAUGCAAAGGCACCCUACAUGGCCACUUUCAGGAUCCGGAAAACGAGGGAUUCCAACGAGGAGGACGAUGAGGUAACCCCAAACCCGGAGACCGCUAUGAGAACGUCGAAUAUACCACGAAAGGGUCAUAGUCGGCAGAGCACCAGCGACGUUUCCGACAUUGCACUCGACGAUGGAGACAGGCGAACAUACGAAGUGUGGCAGAGCGCCAUCUUCAAAGUGGGAGACGACUGUCGUCAGGAUGUGCUUGCACUACAGAUGAUCGCAGCGUUCCGCGGCAUUUUCAACUCGGUCGGGCUCGACGUAUAUGUGUUUCCCUAUCGAGUUACCGCAACAGCACCCGGCUGCGGAGUGAUCGAUGUGUUGCCCAACUCCAUCAGUCGCGACAUGCUGGGUCGUGAAGCGGUGAAUGGUCUGCAUGAUUACUUUGUGACCAAGUACGGAGGCGAGCAUUCGAUCCGGUAUCAAGAGGCUAGAAGUGAAUUCGUCAAGAGCAUGGCCGCCUACUCCGUCAUUUCUUACCUCUUGCAGUUCAAGGACCGGCACAACGGCAACAUCAUGAUCGAUGACAAGGGGCAUAUCCUGCACAUUGACUUUGGGUUCUGCUUUGAUAUUGCACCCGGUGGUGUCAAGUUUGAGAGGGCGCCGUUCAAGCUCACUCCCGAAAUGAUCGCCGUGAUGGGCGGUGACGAUCCCAACACCUCACAAAGUUAUCGGUGGUUCGAGGAGCUUACGAUCAAGGCCUUUUUGUGUUCCAGGCCUUAUUGCGACAAGUUGAGUCACCUUGUGAGUUUGAUGCUGGAUUCCGGGUUGCCGUGCUUCAAGCCCGAGACGAUGCACAAUUUCAAGAACCGGUUUGUGCUGGAUAAGACGGAGAGGGAGGCGGCGGAGUUUAUGCUGGGAUGUAUCAAGAAGAGUGCCGGGAAUGUCUCGACGAAGGUUUAUGAUGAGUUUCAGUUGAUCACGAAUGGGAUUCCUUAUUAG